GGGGUGGUUUGGGGGUGUCUCUUAUUCGAGACUAGGACUUAAAUAUGGAUUUGAUGUCUUCGUGCAAUUCGAGGCUGCAUUUAGGCAUAAAAUCAGAGGACGAGAUUCUAAGUGAACUCAUAGAAGGAAACCAUGUUUCGAGUCAUUAUACAGAUACUAUGAGCAACGAUCAGAUGGCAAACUGUGGUCACAUCUUGAUAUCAAUUAGUGGGGAAUAUACCGUAGUAUGUGAUGCUUGUAAAGGACGUUUCGAUACUGUGGAAUCAUUCAGCAAUCAUUUGAAGACUGUUCAUUGGGACUAUGCAGUGCGGAGAGAUGGUUUGGCUAAAACUACUAACAGGAAGGAACCCAUUGUCAAAAGGAAUAACGUUAAAUAUCAAGAAUGCAUCCCAGGAGAUAUCUCUGCCCGCAGGACAUCAGAACCCCCAGAGUCCAAGGAAUCUAUUACCAAUGUUCGGCAAAAUUUUAUCACUAAGGUGAAUCCGGGAAAGGUGACCCUUCAACAUCCUGACCACUACUCGAAAUCUGGUAGAAAACCAACUUUGGUAAUUACGGCUGAACCGAAAUAUGAUGAAAGGAGACUAUUUUGCAUCACUUGCGAUCGUCAGCUAACUUCGAGAAAACACUUUUCACGUCAUAAAUAUUAUCACAAGCAACGUUUUCGUAGACAGGGGACCCAUUCGAUUGAUUGCGAUAAUCACGAAGAUAUGACGAUCCAAGUUCCAGUAAAGGAUGAAUUAGAUGUUGGUGACUACGAAAUUCAGGAUUCAGCUUACAAUGAAGGAAGAAUUGAAACCAGCGAUAAUGAUGACAAUGCUCAACGGGGGCAAACGGAUUCAAAUGACACGCUUAAACCACACUUUCGGAAUCAUGGCGUUUUAUCAGAGAAUGCCUACAGUGUCGAUAUGAUGAAGGGGUCGACUGGUGCGACGGCUGUUAAGUUAGAAGUUGUUAAUCCAGAUGAGGAAAUGGCACUUAGUGGAGAGGGUAUUCCACGAAGUGGUUUUCCAUCGCAGGGAAAUGUUACCUCCCAUGAGCUUCUGGAGAACAGAAAGAUACCCGUGAAACGUUCGGAUAUUAACAAACUCAGAUUUUCUUGUAAAUUAUGCUCGGAAAGGUUCAAAUCUGAAUUUGAGCUCAGAGAUCACGCUGUAAUGCACCACGGAGAUGAUAUGCCAAAGUCCUUUCGAGACGAUCAAACACCCCAUGAACCCCAAUUGUGUCAGGAGCAAUUUCAAAAACCAACAGACCUUCAUGCACAUGAGGGAAAUAACUCUAAUGAGGGAACUCACAAAUGUUCUAAACGUCCUGUUCCGACUUCUCUUUCCCAGGGAAACUCAUUCGCUUGUGCUGAUUGCGGCAAACUCUUUAGUAAAAAAUCAGAGCUAACAUCGCAUAGGAAAACCCACGUUAUUAAAACUGAUCACAAAUGUGAAAAAUGCGGGGAAUUAUUCACUGAAAGGUUGGGAUUACGGCGCCAUAUCUUGGAUAAACAUUCUGAAGCGUGUGAUUUUCAGUGCAGGAACUGCGAAAAACGAUUCAAAUCGUAUUUCUUUUUAAUGACUCACAUAAAAUACACCUCCUGUGGUGAGAAAGUCGGGCAGGAGAACGGUUUCCAUUCGGAAAUGCAUAAGUGUGAAAAAUGUGGGAAAGUAUUCAACACAAAGACUGAUUUGGAAAAGCAUAUGACCGAGCAUUCCAUUGAUUGUCUUGUCCAAUGUUCAGCCUCUGGAGAUCAAUCUGGAAAGAGGUCGUCAAUUUUCCCUGAGGAAUUAGGAGACGAAGAAACGUAUAGUUGUAUGGUUUGUGAUGUAAAAUUUAUUCAAGACAGUGACUUGCAAUUGCAUAUCAAAUCUCAUAAACUAGAGAGCAGCUACGAGACGGUGCAACUCAAAAAGGAUAUAUCGGAGGACCCCGAUAUGCAGCCUUCUAAGUGCCUAGACGCUACAAGUGUCGCUUCUGAUCACUUGGGAGACACUUCCAAAAGUGAAGAAGCGCCUGCCUGCGAAGAUAGCAGUCUGCAAAGUGGGGCAGCGCCUCCAUGCGAAGAUAGCAGUCUGCAGGGGACAUGCCAACCAAAGAAAACGAUCGUAUUUACAUUGGAACCCGAAUACGACGAAGAAAAUAAUUUUUGUAUCACUUGCAAUCAACGGCUGAGUUCGAAGGAAACAUUCAGAUACCACAAAAAGAAGCAUAGAUCGCAUAUCCGGUAUUGGAAAUUGCGCAAAGGGUUGAAAUUAGAUAACAGACGAACUAGAACGGUGUUUUCUAAAAAUCCUAUUUUUGACAAUAAGAAAAACUUUUGUGUGACCUGUAAUCGUAAAUUUGCAUCAAAGCCCAGCUUCAGAAGCCACAAAUCCCAACAUAGAAGAUUGAUUCGCGAAAAAACCCUUAAAUUUUGUUGCGAAUUGUGCCCCAGAAGGUUCGGAACCGACUUUGGCUUAAGAGAACAUGUCGUGGCACAUCACGGAGACGAGAUUCCAAAGUUCCUACAAGACGAUCCAACGUACCUUGAAUGUCGAUUUUGUUUUAGAGAAUUUGAAGAACCAACGCAAUGUUAUCAACACGAGCAAAGUCACGCUGGAGAAAAAAAGCCAUAUCAGUGCCCAUUAUGUCCUGAAACUUUCACCACUCACCUUCAGCGGAAAAUUCAUAAAUUAAUUCAUAGAAAAAGCGGAUGGAAACCGAAGGAAGAAGUAAAAUUUGUGUUUUCUGAAAAUCCUAAAUUCGAUGAUGUAAACCACUUUUGUAUUACAUGCCAUCGUGGCUUUGCCUCCAGAGGUAGCUUAGGACGUCACAAAGGAUUACAUACAAAGCAAAUUAUCGAAAGACAAGGGAAUCUGUCGAAAGAUACAAUUCGUUGCAAUGAUGAUGAUGUGGAAGAUGUGAAAGGAGAUGCGAAUAAUUCGCUCGAUUCACAUUAUUUUUCUGAUAAUUCUUCGCAGACGAGCUACGAGAAAAUACAAAGAAAAUCCACUAUAACAACUGAUACCGAUAAGGCAGAAGAAGUGGCGAAUGGAUCAUUUGUUCGAAUAGAACCCACUUCCCCGGAGGACCCUGAUCAAACGCUGAAACCAAAUUACAGUGGCUCAAUCGUUUUUAAAUUGGAGCCGCAUUUCGACGAGGAAAACAAAUUUUGUAUAACGUGCAAUCGUCAAUUCGAUUCGAACAAAGCUUUCAGAACCCACAAAGACGGCCAUAAAGCGAAAAUUCGGAAGUGGAAAAUCACCAAUGGCAUUCUGCCAAAAACUACAAUUUCUUGUGAGUUUUGCUGUAGUCAAUUUAGAUCAGAAGAUGGUUUAAGAAAACACGUUGUAAAACAUCACGGAGAUAAAAUUCCGACAUCCCUCAGAGACGAUCCCACUUACCUUCAAUGCCGAUUUUGUUUUAAAGAAUUUGAAAAACCAACAGAACGUUAUGAACAUGAGAAAAGUCACGCUAGAGAGGAAAAGCGGUACCAAUGCCCAUUCUGCCCAAAGUCCUUCAUAGAUCACUUCAAACGCAAAAUCCACGAAUCACUCCAUCGAGAAAACAGAUGGAAACCUAAGGUACAAGUAAGAAUGGUGUUUUCUGAAAGUCCGAAAUUCGACGACAAGAAGCGCCUCUGCAUAACGUGCAAUCAUGAAUUUAUCUCUAAACAUAGCUUUAAUGUUCACAAACGAAGACACAGAAUGAAAAUCCGCGAAAAACAAGGCAUGCUGCAGAAAGUCACGACAUAUUGCGAGCUUUGUUCUAGAGAAUUUAAGUCAGAAAACGGUCUCCGGCGACACUUGGUCCCGAAUCACGGCGAUAAGAUUCCAACGUUCCUCAAAAACGAUCCAACCUAUCUUCAAUGUAAAUUUUGUUUUAAACAAUUUGAAAAACCAACAGAACGCUACCAACACGAGAAAAGUCACCCAAGAGAAGAAAGACCGUAUAAAUGCUCGUUAUGCCCGCAGUCUUUCACGACCCUGUCCAAUCGCAAAACCCAUGAAUCCUUACAUAGAGAGGCCAUCCGGAAACCGAAGGAACGACGAAAUUUUGUAUUCUCGGAAAAUCCAAAAAUCGACGAUAAAAAACGAUUUUGUAUAACAUGCAAUAGUGGAUUUACCUCCAAAAGUAGCCUUAACAAUCACAAACAAAAACAUCGAAUGAGGAUCCGUGAGAAACAAGGCAAUCUUCCUAACUCCACAGUUCGUUGCGAAUUCUGUCCCAGACAAUUUAGAUCAGAAAUUGGUUUAAGAGAGCAUAUUGUACCGCAUCAUGGAGAUAAGAUCCCAUCUUCCCUCAAAGACGAUCCAUCGUACCUUCAAUGCCGGUUUUGUCAUAGCCGAUUCGACAGACCAACGGAGAGGCACCAACAUGAGAAAAUUCAUGCAAACGAACAGAAGCCGUAUCAAUGCUCGACAUGUUCGAAGUCCUUCGGGACGGGCACGGAACGCAAGACCCACGAAGCCAUUCAUAAAGAAGAUCGUCCAUUUCGCUGUUCACAAUGCUCUUGCUCUUAUAAGAUAGCGUCGAGCCUUAGUCGUCACGUUCGAAAUGCCCAUUCCGGCAUUAAGCCAAUUAUAUACGGAACUUUUGGAGAACCGGAUGAUUCGAAAUCAAACCUGACAUCCCACAAAUUGACUAAUACAAAAGAUAAAGAUUGCGAAUUGCAAUCGGAUAAGCAACCCCUUGAACUAAGGACUAAUUGCGAGAAAAUGCAAUUGGAAACCGAUGGAGUUGCUUCUGUUGUUCAAUGAAGACGCCAAAUGCCAUCACUAGAAUAAACUAUCAACAUUGAGAAAACUUUUUGCGCAGGAAGUAGCUCACAAAAGAAAUCAGAGAAGGACCAGGAAGCGUAAUCGAAAAGCAAUCGUCCAAUAACAGCAAUACAGAGUGCAAUGUGAGGUGAACUGGAAAGGGGCCAAAUUCAAUCUCAACAAUUGUUUGAAAAUUGCAAAUUUCCUAUUCCAUAGGCCCGGAAAUGUUUGAAAAAUAAAAGGCAAGUGUUUUAAACCA